AGCGUGUUCCUCCUUCCCCUCCUCAGCCUGUCCACACAUACUGCAUGGGAUUGGAUUUACAUCAGCAGCAGCAGCAGCAGCAGCUCCUCUUCCUCCUAUUUUGUGUCUUCAGAUGCACUGCCCUGCUUCCCCUGACAGCUGCAAAAGAGAGAAGAGAGAAUUUUUUAGCAAGUAAGGCAAUUUGGAGUGACAUGCAAAGGAUCCCUCCCCCUACACAGGCACUGAUUAACCAGGAGAUGCAAUGGGCGCUAGGCAAAAACCCUGAGAAUCCGAAUUGGGAACAGAGCCCCCAGAAGAGGAGCAGCCAAGCCCGGAUUGCACAAGGGAGACCCAUCCUAUCUGUGAGAAAAGGAUUACCUGGAUUUAUAGUUCCUAUAUAAAUUCAUGUAUGGCUUGGCUAAAGCUGCAGCCUCUUGCAUCAACAUAUCUCCACUUUGGACUUGUUACCUUUGUGUUGUUUCUUCAAAGUCUUCAAGUUCAUGCUUCUGCCACAGGGAACCUCCCAAGUACUGGACAAAACAAAACCUGCACAGGUUCCUUUAACUGUAAGGCAGGUGUUAUUCUACCAAUAUGGUAUCCAGAAAACCCAUCCCUGGGGGACAAAAUUGCCAGAGUCAUUGUGUACUUUGUGGCAAUGAUUUACAUGUUUCUUGGGGUGUCCAUCAUUGCAGAUCGAUUCAUGGCAUCCAUAGAGGUCAUAACAUCGCAGGAACGUGAAAUCAUAAUUAAAAAAUCAAAUGGAGAGACCACUUCAACCACUAUUAGAGUCUGGAAUGAGACCGUUUCCAACCUAACCCUUAUGGCACUUGGUUCUUCAGCCCCUGAAAUCCUUUUGACUUUGAUUGAAAUAUGCGGCCAUGGAUUUUAUGCUGGAGAUCUUGGUCCAUCAACUAUUGUUGGAAGUGCAGCUUUUAACAUGUUUAUCAUUAUCGCUAUUUGCGUCUAUGUCAUACCAGAUGGAGAAGUUAGAAAAAUCAAACAUCUACGAGUAUUUUUUGUGACAGCAGCAUGGAGUAUCUUUGCCUAUAUAUGGCUGUACAUGAUUCUAGCUGUCUUCUCUCCUGGAGUGGUCCAAGUAUGGGAAGGUUUGCUUACCUUGUUCUUCUUUCCUGUCUGCGUUGUGCUUGCGUGGGUGGCGGACCGGCGUCUUUUAUUUUAUAAAUAUAUGCACAAAAAGUAUCGGACUGACAAACACAGAGCAAUUAUGAUUGAAACAGAAGCAGAACAUCCCAAAGGAAUUGAAAUGGACGGCAAAGUUAUGAAUUCCCAUUUUCUAGAUGGGAAUUUAUUAAAUAUGGAUGGUAAAGAAGUAGAUGAAUCUCGCAGAGAUAUGAUUAGAAUCCUUAAAGAACUAAAGCAAAAACACCCUGAGAAGGACUUGGACCAGCUAGUAGAAAUGGCAAAUUACUAUGCUUUGUCACAUCAGCAGAAGAGCAGAGCAUUUUAUCGUAUACAAGCCACCAGGAUGAUGACUGGAGCUGGUAACAUCUUGAAGAAGCAUGCCGCUGAACAGUCCAAACGAAGCACCAGUUUGCAAGAUAUAUGCUUGGAUGAAUCUGAAGAGUUUGUAUCAAAAAUCUACUUUGACCCUUGUUCCUAUCAAUGUCUUGAAAACUGUGGUGGUGUAUUGUUGACUGUAGUGAGGAAAGGUGGUGACAUAUCAAAGACUAUUAUGGUGGACUAUAAAACAGAAGAUGGUUCUGCCAAUGCAGGCGCUGACUUUGAGUUUACAGAGGGGUCUAUAGUUUUCAAGCCUGGAGAGACACAAAAGGAGUUUUCAGUUGGAAUUAUUGAUGAUGAUAUCUUUGAGGAAGAUGAACAUUUCUUUGUGAGGCUCAGUAACAUAAGAAUAGCUGAUGUGCCAGAACCAGUGGAGCCUAAUACUUUUAGCUACCCAAAAGCAGUAUUGGUCUCUCCUUAUGUAGCCUCAGUUACUAUUUUGGAUGAUGACCAUGCGGGGAUAUUUACAUUUGAAUGUGACAUUAUUCGUGUGAGUGAGAGUAUCGGCGUGAUGGAGGUUAAAGUCCUUAGGACAUCUGGAGCUAGAGGCACAGUCAUUAUCCCUUUUAGAACAGUGGAAGGAACUGCAAAAGGUGGUGGGGAAGAUUAUGAAGAUACAUUUGGAGAACUGGAGUUCAAAAACGAUGAAACUGUCAAAACUUUUCACAUCAAAAUAAUUGAUGACGAGGAGUAUGAAAAAAACAAGACUUUCUACAUUGAACUGAGGGCGCCACACGUUGUGGACAUGAGUGUGCAGAAAGCUCUUCUGCUGAAUCAAGCUGCUGAUAUGGCAGGAAGGAAACACUCUGUGGAGGAAGAAGAAGCCAAAAGAAUAGCUGAGAUGGGCAAACCUGUUCUGGGAGAGCACCCAAAAUUGGAGGUCAUCAUUGAAGAGUCUUAUGAGUUCAAAAGCACAGUAGACAAACUCAUAAAGAAGACUAACCUUGCCUUGGUAGUAGGGACUCAUUCAUGGAGGGAUCAGUUCAUGGAAGCAAUCACCGUCAGUGCUGCUGGAGAUGAAGAUGAAGACGAGUCUGGAGAAGAGCGCCUGCCAUCCUGUUUUGAUUAUGUCAUGCAUUUUCUGACUGUCUUCUGGAAAGUACUAUUUGCUUGUGUGCCACCUACAGAAUAUAUGAAUGGAUGGGCCUGCUUUAUAAUAUCUAUAAUCAUCAUUGGCAUCCUCACUGCCAUCAUAGGGGACCUUGCUUCUCAUUUUGGCUGUACCAUUGGCUUGAAAGACUCUGUAACAGCUGUGGUGUUUGUGGCCUUUGGCACAUCAGUGCCCGAUACAUUUGCAAGCAAAGUGGCUGCUACACAGGACGUGUAUGCAGACGCCUCAAUUGGAAACGUGACUGGGAGCAACGCUGUCAAUGUUUUCCUGGGGAUUGGUAUAGCCUGGUCUGUUGCUGCCAUCUACUGGGCCUCUAAAGGAGAGGAAUUCCACGUCCAAGCUGGUAGCUUAGCUUUCUCUGUAACGCUCUUCACCAUUUUUGCAUUUGUCUGCAUCAGCGUCUUGCUGUAUAGGAGGAGGCCUAGUAUUGGUGGUGAACUGGGGGGCCCCAAAAGCUGCAGACUUGCCACAACUUUGCUCUUUGUAACCUUGUGGUUACUUUACAUUUUAUUUGCUACUCUGGAAGCCUAUUGUUACAUCAAGGGGUUCUAAAUGAAACCAAGCUUAAGCCAGCAACCAAUCCGCCACACUCAACUGUCGGCAGUCUCCUUGAGGAGGAUCCCCAGAGCAGAAUGAAUACCAGCCAAUCAGAGCUCUGUUGGAGAUUAGCGACAUCAUAAUCCAAAGGACCAUGUGACUGGCAUCAUUGUCUGAGGUGCAUUAAACAAAGUGGCAGUACUCUGAAUCUGUGAGACCCCUAUAAAGAGGAAAAAAAACGCGUUCUAUCCAAUUCUUGACAAACAGAACAGUGGAUACACUUUAAAAUACUGGUCACUUUUUAAAUCAGAAUAACAGAAGGGAGCUAUUUGUGCCACUCUGGGUACCAAGAAACAACAUACUUUGACCAAUGGCAUAAUAACCAGCAACAAUUCCCUUAUUCUGGUUUAUUUUAAUCUUUUGUUGAGUUUUUGUUUGUUUUGUUCACCAGAGUCGCUUUAAAAAAAAAAAAAAGAAAAGAAAAAGACAAAAAAAAAAAAAAAACUUUUGUAUUUAUUUCAUAUUUAUACUCAACCAUUGAAAUAGAUUUAAAGAUCUCAAGUCACAAAUUUCAAACUGAAGAUACAGUGGUAUCUAUAUUUAUCUAUCUAUAUACAGUAUAUCUAUAUGUCCAUUUUUCUCAAUUUGAUCUCACUGGAAAAAUGCAAGUUUUUCAACAGCUAAAGAGUAUACAAGAGACGCCAAGUUUACAUGUCACCGCCCCAGAUACAUCUAUAAAUGGGAAGAGUAACAAAUCUUUGUAUUAUUGCAAGCUCCUACAUAUGUAUACUUUUUACCAGUGUGGUUUGCUAUUAAGAGCCAGUUUUAAACACAAGUGACAUGAAAGCAUUCACUUUUAAAAGUAUGCUGUCCGUUUAUCUGCUGGGAGAUGAAAGCUGAAUGGCCAGUGGGGGGGUUGAGAUGUGGACCAGCAAGGACUUGGAAUGGUUAGACAAUAUGCCAUUGAUUUGCUUUAAAGCCAAGUCCAUUCAGAACUGAAUUUAUAUUUCUCAGGGACUCCAUCACCAUGAUCUCUCUUCUGUUGUGCCUCUUUCCCAGGAGGCCAUAAUGAAGAUGUUACACUUGGGCACAUGUGGGAAUUUUCUUUCCAACGUUAUAUUGGCAAGAAGGACAUUGUGCACCCAUUUUUAAAAUGUUAACUGUGGCAGUACAGUUACUGUGUGUCAUACCAUUCAAUAGAUUUUUUUCAUGCCCCUGAAUUAGUGAGCCCCAUCCUUUUCUGGUGUCACUAAAUCCAUUUACACCAGAAUACAACAAGGGUGACAUGCUUGCCUUCUCAGUAAGGGAAUAAGGGGCACACCAAGUAAUUCCAUCAGGGAGGUCUAACAUGAGGUCCCAACAAAUAAGCAUCCAGCAGAAACCAAAAUAUUACUUCUGGGUGGACUUGGUCUUUAAGUGAGCCAUCUGUUGUUCACUUUUUUAUCUUAUCUUCAUUAGAAGAAGAUUUCCUGCUUUAGUGAUUAUAUCUUUAUAAUAAUUUUCCAACAAAAUGUAUACAUUUUACUCAGUCUUUUACUGACCCAAACUUUUAUAUUCAUGUAUUAUUCACCAUUUACAUUGCUGCCUUCCAAUUCAUUACAUGCAUUGGUAUUGUGCAGGGAAACACUUUACUUUCCAACUUGUAAAAAGCAGAUACUUCCUGAGCAUUACGGUGGAUAUUUUAGAGUUCUCCUGCUAUCCUGAUGCUGAAAUUGUCAAGUAAAGGCUAGCCAACAAAUUGCUGCAGCACAACCUUUUAAAUGGAAUUCACUACUGGCAUGACACAACAGAACCGGGUUGAAAUUAUGAUUUUUGCCUUACAUUGCUACCCCACAGAAGUAUAUUUGAAAGUUAGGGCUACAGCAUUUUUGGGGGUUAUCCUGUACAAACUUUGGACAUGACCCACGUCUUAGGGCCCGUUCACAGGUGGGUUUAGUUUGGAUCCAUCUAUCAGUGUAAAUCUAUGAGCGGGUGGAUAUAAACAGAAGUACGUCCAUUUACAUGCACUUACAUCUGAAUGUAAACGGAUGUUUUCAGUUUAUGUCGGUUAUUAGUCAAGAAGUACAACUCUCUGCUUAUAUUUUUGUCAAUCUAAACAAAAACUGAAGAUUGAUGUUCAAAUUCAUGCUAAACUAAGGAUUCCAUUUUCAUGUGUUUUUUUUUUUUUUUUCAUAAUGGAACAGAUUUUGCUUAUGUGAAUGGACCCUUUAUUCAGAAUUUUGCUAUGGUUUGCAUUAGGUUUCAGCAUUCCCUGAAGCUGUAUAUUUAGGUUCUAUAAGCACAUACCAGCUGUAAAGUGUCAGGCUGACCAAACAUUACAUGUGGAUGCACACCUUUCUUUUCUCCAUUUCUCACAAAAAAAAAUGGUGAAAUAUAGGCCAAACAUUUGUUCUGUAAACACAAGGCAUUGUUAAGUCAUCAGUUUUGACAUGCAUUUGCAAAUAUGUUUUAUAAGAUCCUUGUGGUGCAUGUCAUUAUGUGUGCCAGUUACUUUGUCUAGUCCAGGUCAAGUACAGGUUCGCUUUAAAUCACCCUUCAGCUCCAAAGUAGCAGUGUUGUAUACAAAUCCUAACUGAAGUUUCCUCUUAGUGUUAAAGCUGAACCUCAGGAAUUCAGCCACUUUGUAAAAUGUGCUGGACUACCUCACCUCUUGGACUUACCUCUGUAAUUUACAUUUUACAUAUAUACUGAGUGCCGGAACCAUAUCAAUAUACACCAAUCUGACAUAAACUUAUGAUGAUCUACCAUAACCCAUCAAGGUAUGGACUCCACUAGACUUUGAAUAUAUGCUGUUGUAUCUGGACAUCAAGUUGUCAGUAGCAGAUCCUUUAAGUUGUGAGGUGGGGCAUCCAUGGAUUUGACUUGUUCUUCCAGCACAUCCCACAGACGCUCAAUAGGAUUGAGAUCUGGAAAAUUUGAAGGCCAAGUUAACAUUUCAGAUGCUAUGUUGAAUUCAAGAAUGGUUUAAGGAACACAUCAGACUUGCCCACCUUCUUCCAUUGCUCCGUGAUCCAUUUCUGAUGCUCAGGUUUCUAUUGUAGGUGCUUUUGGCUGUGGACAUGGGUCAGCAUUGGCACCCUGACUGGUCUGUGUCUAUGCAGCUCCAUAUACAAGAAACUGUGAUGCAUUGUGUGUUCUGACACAUUUCUAUUAUUACGAUCAAAUCCUUACGCUUGCCCAUUUUUUUCCUGGCGAUCUGUAAAACGGAGUUGUAAAUAAGAGGGAAGAGUCCAGGAGUUGGCCUGCACCUCGUUGGACUUAAAUCAUAGUAAGCCAGCAGAUUUUACAAAGUGGCUGAAUUCCUGGAGUUCAGCUUUACAUCACAUGAGCACUGAAAUUUUCCUUGUGGCUCAUAGUGCUGUCCCUCCAUUUCCCCCAUACUGGUACAGUACACAGGGGUUUUCAAAUACACACUGGUACACACUGUUUGCAAGUCAAAUUCAAGUGCUUACGCUAGCUGCAUUUCAAAAAUGUAUUUUAAUAUGUAUUAGUAAAGCUCAUAAAUACAUUACUUGUGUUUUUCUUAA